UUUACAUAUGGCUAAAAAUAAUAUUGUUCCUGAUUUUAUGUUGUGGUGCCCAGAAUGUCCUAAAAAUAGGACACUUUUUAAUAACUUCAGACUUUUAAUACCUUUUAAUUAGUAAUUGAAACGCUAUCAGACAUUUAUAGACCGCUUUUGAUAUUUUUUACUUUAGACGUCGUUCGGUUAUUAAUGGAUCCUUACAGUUAGUAUUCCAGAUUCAUUUAUUAAGCAUUAAAAUACGAUACAAUGCCUGGAAAAGUUAAAGUGAAGAUCAUAUCUGGCAAAAACUUGCCAGUUAUGGACAGGUCAAGUGACACAACUGAUGCCUAUGUAGAAAUAAAAUUGGGUAACACAACAUAUAAAACAGAUGUGUGUCGGAGGACCUUGCAUCCUCAAUGGAAUACUGAUUGGUAUAAAUUUGAGGUAGAUGAUUCAGAACUGCAAGAUGAACCUUUACAAAUAAGGCUGAUGGACCAUGACACAUACUCGGCCAAUGAUGCUAUUGGAAAAGUUUAUUUAAAUUUAAAUCCCUUAUUGCUUCCAGUUGCUCGACAAUUAGAUGUGGGGGAUAAUAAUCCACAUCAUGAAAUAUCCGGCUGGAUACCUGUAUUUGAUACAAUGCAUGGCAUUAGGGGGGAAGUGAAUGUCACUGUAAAAGUGCAGCUGUUUUCGGAUUCAAAUCGAUUUAGGCAAUCAUCCUGCGGAGUCCAUUUCUUUUAUUCACCAACAGUACCUGAAGGGUAUCAAGCUAAAGUUAUAAAUGGGUUUGUUGAGGAACUUAUUGUGGAUGAUGAUCCAGAAUACCAAUGGAUUGAUAAGAUCAGAACUCCCAGGGCUUCAAAUGAGGCUAGACAAACUCUAUUUUUUAAGCUAUCAGGGGAAUUACAAAGAAAAAUAGGUGUAAAAGCCCUAAGUUUGGGAGGAAAUGCGGUAAUAGGUUACAGACAGUGUUUUGAUCUGGAAGGAGAGUCUGGAAUUGUAGCUAGAGGCAUAGGAACAGCUGUGACCUUAGUAAAAGCAACUUUUACUAAUCUUCACCACAUACCUGAAAACAAAGAAGAGGCUCUAGAAAAAUACCUAAAAUUUGUUGGUGAUGGGAAGAGCUUUAGCUUAUGCCCAACAUCACCCUCUCACAACGCGCAUUUUCCAUUUUCCCCUAUAGUUCCAUUUGAUGUUCCUCCUGUGCGUGUACCUAAAGUAGCCAAGCGCCAGUAUGCUUCUUUUGACUCUCACCUUUUAUCCCCUUCUGUAUCAAAUCCCAAUAUAGAUGAGCCACAUAUUCAAGGGCUACUAAAUCAAGAAGAUAGUAGAGGCAAAUCGGCUAUAUUUGGAAGAUUUCAAAAGUUUAAGCACUCUCAGAAAUCUUUGUCAAAGAAAAUGAUUGCUCUAAAAGCCAAAAUAAAUGAUAGUAUUGGUGAAGAGGGAGACGACAUUUUGGGCACCUCAUCUGACAAAAGGAAACACUUUAAGAGAACUUCAAGUGAUUCGAGUGCUAUGGCAGAAAUUUUGGCGCGAUCCGUUAUGCGAGCAACUUCCAGUUUAACAUGUAUUCUUGAAGAUCAACCUCAAACCCCCAAGGAGGAGGAGACGUUAGACAAAUUGCAACCAAUAGCCAAUCUUUUACACCGAAGUGAAACACCUGAAACUGGCUUGGAUGAAGCAGGAAGUGAUGCUCAGUCUUGUUCCAGCACUGAGUCAAGCAGCACAAGCUCCGAAUACAAUUAUAGAGAUUACAGCAGGGUUAACACUGAUGUGGAAACCCUUAGCAAUAUUAUUACUAAUGUUGAAAAACUUCAGAGGUGUCUCUCUAGGGAAGGCCUGUAUAAGCAAUAUUCUUUGCCUGCAAUUCCUACUAAGGGGUUUUCAUUAAGCAGCUUGGACAAUUGUAGCCAGUUUGAUAGUACUUAUACCAUUGACAACCAAAUGAUUGAGCCUGGAAGGAGCAGAGACAGUCUAGGAAAAUCUGAACUGAGCAUCUCAAGCAGUAAUUUAUCUCAUUUGGUGGAGCCUUAUCCACCUAUAAUUAGACUUGAACGUCGAACUUCCGACAUAUAUGAUUCUAGGCCAAUUCUAGAGGCUAAAAAGAUUCCUAAGCUUAAGAGGUCACAUGAAAUUGAUUUGUCAGAUUCUUUAAGUGUCAGUAAUAAUAUGCUUAGUACCUCUUUACCAACCAAAAUCUUCGAAAAAUCCAAAAUUUUUACAAUUCAGUCAAGAGAUGACAGUAGUCUCUCUAACAGCAGCUCUCAAAUAUUUCGCAAAUCCCCAACAAAAAAAUCCGCAACUUCGAAAUCUGUUGACCACAUUCAUAGUCAAGCUCAUGGGUUAGUUAAGACAGCAUUACAAACCAUGUUAGUUGAUAGAGCUGAGAGCUUAGGCGCUACAGUUUCGCCAUCUUAUCAAACCAACCAAACACAUUCACCUUUAAAGAAAGAAAACCAGACAAAAGGUAUUGUAAAAACAGCUCUACAAACUAUGCUUGUUGAAAGAGCUGACUUGCUAGGGGCACCAAAGGAGAAAGUUUCGAAUCCAGUUAAAAAACCAGAAGUUGAAUCGAGCCCUAGAGGAAUAGUUGAUACAGCACUUAAAACUAUGCUUGUUGAAAGAGCUGACAUAUUAGGCGCACCAAAGGAAAAAAUACGAGAGCCUGUUCAGGAAGUGGAAAGUGAGCAAAGCUCCAAAGGCUUAGUCAAUACCGCGCUUAAAACUAUGUUACUUGAGAGAGCCGAGUUGAUAAAUUCACAUCCAGAAAAUGUUUUUAAGAAUGCUUCAUCUGAAACGCAACAAUUUUCACCUGAAAAUGUUGGAGUUCUGGCACCAGUAAGUCUAGACAACGUCACCGUUGAGCCUAAGAAAAUGGUAAAAACUGCCAUGCAGACAAUGCUUUUAGAAAAAUUUAACAUUCUAGGAACUUAUACCCCACCAACUUCUCCAAACCUCGGCGAUUCCCAUGCAGGUUCAAAUUUUACUUUCAGUAAUUCUGGCCCGAAGAGAAAGACAAUUCCUAAAUCAUCCAGUACUGCAUCCUUCGGUGGGCAGAAGGAACAGAGAGAAACGGUAUUAGGAAUGCCAUUUGCUUCAUUAUCUUCUUUAGUGACAGAUUAUGAUGUAGCAAUAAAUCAGCAAAGGGCAAAGUUUUUACUCGACGAUAACCUUGAUGAGCCGCUUAGUCAAGUUUUAACAAGCAAGUCUAAUAGGAAGAAAAGAUUUAAGUUUCUUUCACCAAAACCUGAUGAUAAUGGCAAAACUAGUCACGGCAUGUUUAACCGACUCAGAAGGUUAAGCAAAAGAGGCAUCCACGACGACUUGUCUCAAAAAGAAGGCAAUAUUCUCUCCCGAAUUUUCGCUUCACGCAAUGACGAAAAAAUGAAAGAUGAGUCCACACAAACAUCCCUAGAGCUCCUCACCUGUCCUUUAUCUGCGCAAAUCCCUUCUAACAAUAAAACUGAACCUAAAAUAACCAUAACAACACCCAAGCCACCUGGCCAUACCGACUUAGCUUCAGGUGACUUUCUUGCUCACAGCAAAACUAAAUCUGCAUGCAUAACAUCUCAUCAAUCCCCCCCUGCUCAAGAAAGGCAAGGGCAAAACGGCAGCGAGCGAACAGACGAGCAGAACCCCGAUCCUGCAGCAAAAGUAUCACAGUCGCCCAUUAAAGUGAAUUAUAUGGUACCUUUACAUCGAAGAUCAUCCGAUUCUGAUUUAAGUAUUACCCCAAAAGGAUGGUUUGGAUUGAUUAGGAAGAGAAACAGCCUAACAGGAAGUGACAAAUCAGCGGCAAAUGUGGCAGCAUAUUUUAUGAGAAACAACUAUAUAAGGAGGGGACAAUUGAAUCAGGAACACUUCGAUUUGCUGGAGUAUCCCUUUUUGACGAUGACCAAAUUUCCGCAAAGGUUUAUUAUCCAAAUAGGUGGAUCAAUAAGCGCCAGAUCAGUAAAAUUACUCGAAAGGAUAUUGAACGUUGAUGAGCCCGAGUCUAGAGACAUCUGGUGGUCGGAAAUAAGAAUGGAAAUUCGAUCUCAUGCGAGAAGUCUAAACUGUAACGCUGUUUUGGGGUAUUCUGAGUCAACUAGCAUUUGUGACGACGUAUGCGUCUUAAGCGCAUGUGGCACGGCGGCCGUUAUAGAUUUCAGCAGCUCAGCUGGCGAUGAUGAGAAUUUCUCAACCGUUCAGCUUAUACAUAAAAAUGUCGAGAGGGAUAAGCAACUGAAUGGUCACCACAAAACAAGUCACGACAGUCCAGAUCACAGAAUGUUGCCUCUAUAUUCUUGUUUUAUCACCCACUUACCCUACGACGAAAAAACUGUUCCUUUGAAAGCUAAGGUGACCAAAUGUCCUAUGUGCAUAAAAGGGAAAGUGCCUGAAGUUCUCAUUUCAACAAUAGAACCUCCAGAUUUGUUGCCAAUCGUAGGCCGAGGGUGUUUUAUUGAAUCCCACGUGUCAAGACCUCUAAGAGAUCUUAGAGGCGAGACUUUUGCUAAGGAAAUCUCGGAUGGCUUACCAUUUUUGGAAUAUGAACUUCACAGGCUCUUAGUUAAUAAAUUAAAAAUCAAAGGCAUGAAUGCCGUAUUUAGCUUAAAAAUUCGGAUUUCUGUGGGGGAUAAAAUGAUGGUAGGGGUGGCCACCGGCACAGCUGUUUACUUACCUUGUCUACCUAGCCCUGACUUACCUUUGUUGGUCACUGAUAAAUUAGCCGAUAAAAAACUUGUCGCUGAUUUGCAAGAAAUCUUACACCAGACUGUUAAGAAAAAUAGGGAAAUUUAUCAGAUAAUGGAUGACAACGAAAAUCAAAAGAGUUAUUCAGAUGAGGAAUCUGACGAGGAUCCUGGAUCUCUAGACAUAUCUUGCGGUAACAAAGAUUGUUGUAUUUUAGAGAUGGAUGAUCCAGAAGAUGCAGAAGUUCUAAGGCUCCUGAUGCAAGAAAAAGUGCCAGACGGGUUCCACGUUGUGAACACCGAAUCUGUCCCAGGUCUGGAUGAUCUGGAAAUAGUAAAAAAUCUACAAAUGUUCACGCAAAUAUAUAGGGCGAAGCUAGUGCCUCCGUAUAAUUUGCAGAAGCAUUUUGUGAGGCUUCUUCAGAGCGUUUAUUUUAAGCUUAGGAGGAUGGUACCAUGCGCUUUAUGUGACUUGCAAUUUAGGAUUGAUGUACCCGAGCCAGAUGAGAUCCAGUUAUGCGUUAUCGGUAUGGCUUUGGGCUUAGGCAAGAAAGGGAAGAAAAACAGUCCUGCAGGAGUUGCUUCUAGGAAAGAGGAUGAACUUAUAUUCAAGCUAGACGAAGAUCCUCAGGAAAAUGCUCAUCAGGUUAACAAAUCAAAUACAUCCAGCUUAAAAUAUCGAAAUACGCGGUCGCCGUUAAAGUAUCGGCCUCAGUCCAUGAAACAAAGACAUAUUCCAGCUGUAGAAAGGCAUGGUGUCGACAUAACGCCCUUAAGUUACGUGCCUGGUGGAGUUAUUGAGCAAUACUUAGGAAACCUUAACUUUUUCUUCAUAAGAGAAACUACAUCUAUAAGAGAAGAGGGAGGCCUUAGUGGUUUUAUUCACAGCUUUAUCACAGAAGUAUUAGCAAUAGUGAGAUCUCACGUAACCGCUUUAGGUGGAAACGCUUUAGUGGCCUUUUUCAUGACAGAGUGUGUUCUUAAUCAUAAUUUACAUAAAAAUCAGGGUCAAUGUCUUAUUAACGUUGGUGGUGACGUAGUAUCAGUUUCCUAUAUAAAAAACGAUCCUUAGUGCACGAGGAAUAGAUUUCAAGAAACAAGUUGCAUUGUACUUAAAUAUUCGAUUUACUCCCGGUGACACUACGUAUUAUUAGCAAAAUAAUAUUUAUUUGUACAGAAAUCGUUUAGAGUUACAGACGUUUUGGUUCUUUCCUUCUAAUUAAUAUCUAUCCUAUAGUUAGUUGACUUAUGACAUGACAAUUAGCGUUAUAACUGCAAUAUAAUGUGUUCCUAAUAAUAACUUAAUACCGUUGCUUAGCCAGUCCAAAAGACAGCAGUGAUUUAAGAAACCAUUAGCGUGUUACCUUUUGCACCUAUUUUUAGGGCGUUUUCGAUCGGGUUUGACCAAUGUGCACGUGGUAAUUUAAUUAUAACUCUAUUGCUCUCUUGCUCCGUAGCAUAUACAAGAGGUAAAAAAUGUAUCAGACUACUAUGAAAAGUUGUAAAAGUCUUAUAAAUAAUCAUAAGCAAAUAAACCAAAUAAUCAAUUUUUGAAGCUCUCGGAGCCUGACUUAAUAUUUACAUUUUUCUCUUAAUUGUUGAUCGAGACCAUUAAAGUCUACAUAUAAUACUAUAGCAAUAAUAUCGUCACGUAGUACUGUUUCAGAUUUAGGUUGCAAAUAAGAUUUAAAAGCGAUCUAGUGUUUAGACAAAUCAAGUAAUGCUUAGAUAAAUCAAAUUUUUUAACUUACUUAUGCUCAUACCUGACAAGAGCAUCCAUAUGGCUCGAAAUAUAGAUUUGUGUUUUUUAGGCUAAAAAUUACCAAAACAAAUAUUUUUUUAAUUGUGUAAAAAAAGGAUAAAUUAUGUUUGUAAUAAAAUGUAUAGAACUAGAUAAAGAAUUUAGACUCACGCUAUGUAAGUAUUCUACGGCCACAGACUCUCCGAGUAUAUUAAUAACUUUAGAAAAAUCGGUUUUAUAGCAUAGUUAGGCGUUAUUUCUUGUUACUGCAAUAUUAAUAUGACAUUGGAAUAUUAAAUACAGAAAUCAUAUUUGCUAUAUUUUUUUCUAAGAAACUCUAGUGCACUUAUUGAUGUAAUCAGCCAAAUGUAUAUCCCUUUAAUUUUACUAAAUAUUACGUAAUUAUUUCUACAUGUUUACACUAGUCCUUUUAAAAAAAUAUAUCUCAUGUCGACAUGGUUACCUGACCCUGCAUAUUUACCAGAAAGUAUAUCGCGUUACUUCUCCCUUUAAGGAUGAUCGUAUAAAGCAAUACCUUUUAAGUAUUUUGUUUUACCAUUAAAUUUUAUUUUAGUUGCCAAUAUAUGUACUUGUUAGCCCCGCUUCUUUGAACUUGGGGAUUGACGCAACCUUAUAAACCAUGAUUUAUUCAGUCAACAAAUCGACUGACAAUAAGUUUACUGAAAACAAAUGUUUAACAGCUUGGCCUUAUUUAUUGGAAAAAUUGUAUUUUCAUGAAUUUUGAUUUUUAAGAAAAAUAUUCCAGAACUGACAUUUGCCCACUGAUUGUCUUGCUAAAAUCAGUAAAAUCUUCUAUGAAGAUUUGUCAAUUAAAUGAAUUCUCAAAUUCAUAUUAUAUUCUUAAUAUUAAUAUUUAAUUUUAGUCUUAAGACUUGUCUGAAUAAAUUAUUAGGUAUAUAAAGUGUUGUCAUUAUGUAAUGCUGCCUACUACCCUAACUUUUGAAUUUCUAGAUAUAAUGAGCAAGGGGAUCAUGUAGCACUUUAUAUAUUGAUUCUUUAGUGAACUUUAAACUAUAACUGGAUUACUUCAAAGAUACUUAUAGUGUAUUAAAUUACUUUAGAUGUAUGCCAAAUGAACUAAUAACUAAUCAAAUCCCCUUGCCAAAACUUCCAUUAUGCUCCUUUAUACAAUUAAUUUUUCCUGAAAGUUCACGAUAUAAUUAUAAGUUUUUCUCGAAGUGCAAACGUUAGUGGGAAUGAAGGUGAAAUAGAGAUAAGCAGAGUUUGUAUUGAUAAAAAUAUUAUUUUUUUUUUAAUUUUGGCCAUUAGUUGUUAGAGAUCAAAAUAACUUUGUACAAUAAAUUUGAUAUUUUAUCAUC